AUGGAGGAGAGUUACAAUAUAAGUAACCAUACGUAUGAAUUUAUGGCCAGGCAAGGAUGCUCACCGCAUGUGGUAACAAGUGAAGAAAAAGUUGGUAAAGUUUCAGCUUAUAUCGUUCUGCUUCUGACUGCUUUGUUAGGGAAUAUAAUCGUGAUUUCUGUGGUCUUUAAAUCCAAGCGCGUACAACGAAACGUUAACUUUCUGAUCUUGAACAUGGCAGCAUCUGAUUUAUUCGUGCCGGUUUUCGUGUGUCCUAGGAAAAUAGUCGCAAUCUUGAUGGAUACCGAAUCGAAAUGGCUCUUGACUGGUUUGGCGGGGCAGAUUUCAUGUAAGGCGAUCUUUUUUGCGCAAGAUGUAGCAACGGCCGUUUCCAUUCAAACACUCGUUCUGAUAGCAUUGGAGAGAUUCAUGGCUGUUGUGUUUCCCCUUCGCAUCAGCAUGUUAACAUCUAGAAUGCGAGUUGUACUGAUCGUUUUGACGUGGAUUGUCGGUUCUGCAUUGCACGCGCCAUAUUUUUACAUCUUCAAACUGGCGGAAACGGGAAUGGAAGCGCACUGUGUACUAAGCUGGGCACCGGCGUUUGCGGAACCCAGGAGCAGCAAAAUUUACGCUACUUUCCUGUGUGUGUUUCUUAUCCUUAUCCCAUUUUCAUUACUAUCAGUGAUAUACUCUAUCAUAGUCUGGACCCUGGUGCGAGAGAGAAAUGCAUUAAAGCACGCCGUUCGUGGCGGGGUUAUCCGCGACAGGAUGAACCGAAACGUGCUGAAAAUGGCACUUACAAUCGUCGCAGUAUUUGCCAUUUGCUGGGCUCCAUUCAAUAUUUACAUGUUUGUUCUGAUAUUCGUGUGGAACUGGAAAGUACCCUUCUGCAAUACGAGCAAUUUUCAAUUUACAGCUGUCUUUCUCGCAUACGCAAACACCGCCAUUAACCCAUUAGUGUAUUUUGUAUUCGUGGAACACUACCGGCGCAUUCUGCGAAAAACGCUUUCUGUCUCGAAGUUGUAUACAAGCGUUCGUGGCGCUGGAAACAGGUUAACAGCACGUCGAGAAACGUUUGAGCUGACAACGAUUUCUUUGAACAGACUGCACAAAACAACAUCUAAUACAACCGGAAUCCAAGUGACCUCCAAACGAUCAAGGUGCGAAAGUCAAGCUACUAUCGCCGAGGAAGUGUUCGAUCACUAG